AUGUACACUAAUUUCUUCAUAAAGGACUUUAAGGGAUUGGCUUUGAAAGAGAUCCUUUGGAGGGCUGCAAAAUUAACUACAGUUGUAGACUACAACUUUUGGAUGCAGAAGGAGUCCAAACCUGCAUACGAGUGGUUGUUGGACAGGCCUGCAAACGAAUGGAGCAAGUCACAUUUUCUAACGAAGGUAAAGAGUGAUAUAUUGUUAAACAACCUAUGCGAGUGCUUCAAUAAGCUACUUUUGGAAGAUAGGGAGAAGUCAAUUGAGACAAUGCUAAUAGACAUGCACAUUAGCACGAUGAAGAGGAUUCAAACAAGAAGGGACAAGAUGAGGAGAGUCAUAGGCCCUUUAUACCCUAAAACUCAUGACAAAUUAGUGAAGAACCUUGAAGUUGCAGAUGGUAGCAAGGUAGAUUGGAGGUGGGAUCUCAUCGGCAUUCCAUGUGGCCAUGCUUGUGUGGCAAUCAUAGAGAAAAUGGACCUUCAUGUGCACUACGUAAAUGAUUGCUACAAGGUAAGCACUUACCUAACUUGCUAUGAGAACCUCGUUAUGCCACUUAAUGGCAAGAAGUUGUGGCCUCUUGUGGAUAAAGCACCUCUCAGCCCACCCAAAUGGCAUGUGACCAAAAGAGGUAAAAGGCAGAAGAAGAUGAGGCUGCAAGCUAAAGAGGUUGUUGUUAAGCUGAAAAGUGGAACUAGUAAGAUCAAGAGAAUAGGGUCAAUUGUUAUGACUUGUAGUUUAUGUGGUUUACCCGGUCAUAACAAGCGGUACCACAACAAAGCAGAUACACCCUGCGAGGUUGGUUUACUACACAUGCUGAAUAUAAUAUAA